AUGAAGUUCUCCUAUUUUAAUAUAUUACUAUUUUCCAUUCCAUUAAAUAUAUUGAUAAAUGACCAAAGGAACCAUAAAAGCACCACACAUCAUACAUUAAAAAUACCAAUCACUAGAUUAUUAUGCGAAUGUGAAUUAUAUUCACCGGACAAUUAUGAUAAUGAUGCAGAAAUGAAAAGGGUGAUGCAACAAUUUGAGGAUCGUACAUCACAAAGAUUUCACGAAUAUGAUGAACGUAUGCAAAGUAAACGAAUGCAAUGUAAAGAUCGAUGUGACAAAGAAAUACAAAAAAUUAUUUUAAAAGAUAAAAUCGAAAAGGAAUUGUCACAACAUUUGUCAACAUUAGAAACAAACAUAGACACCAAUGACAUACCUACAUGUGUUUGCGAAAAAUCCUUAGCAGAUAAAGUGGAAAAAGGUUGUUUACGAUGUGGGUAUGGUCUAGGAACAGUUGCACCAACGGUUGGAUUAAUUGGUGCAGUUGCUGUAAAUGAGUUGAAAAAAGCUGCUAUGGCUAUCGCUAUUAAAGAUGCCAUAGCUGAGGGUUUGGUUGCGGGUGAAACUGCACGUAUUCAGGCAAGUAUUAAAGCAGUUAUUUUAGGAAUUAAAUCAAAAUUCCGUAUAGAUACUUUAGGUGGUGAAGUACUGGAAUCAAUUAUUACUGCGCAAAAAUAUGAUGAUGUCUCACUCAUUAGUGAAUCUAUUUAUAUGCAAUAUCAAUCAACAUGUCUACCUCAGUACGUUGGCCAUGGCGCUGAUCUUAGUAAGCCUAUUUGCCAUACAGUUUAUACAUUAGAUUUUGUUCAAGGGAAAGUUCAUGUCCCAGGUUCAUUACAAGGUUCUAUAAAAAAAGCUUUAGAAAAAAUUGUUGCAGAAGCUAAAUCCAACGCUGUUAGUGAAACUGCCAAUGUUACUACUAGACAAACAGCAGUAUUUGAAUCAAGAAACAUAGCUGCAGUAGACGCUACAUAUGCUAGUUAUCAGACUGCUAUUGUGGCUUCUGUCGUUGCAAUAUUGGUAAUAGUUUUGGUCAUGUUAAUUAUUUAUUUAAUUUUACGUUAUCGUAGGAAAAAAAAAAUGAAGAAAAAACUCCAAUAUAUAAAAUUAUUAAAAGAAUAG